ACAAGUUUCCCUUCUCACCUUCCCCUUCAUUCUCUACAUAUAAUAAUAAUGUUGAAAUCUCCAGCCUGUGGGUCUUCAACUCAGGUGGCUCUGGUGACUCUCUGCCAUUUGCGGAGGUCUUCGAACCGCAGCGGUGCUUUGUUUCAGCCAUAUCCAAAUGAUAUUAACUUGAAGAAGCAGCUGAGGGGGAAAAAGAGUAAGAAUAAUGGAGUGUUGAGAUUAGUGUCCGGAGGUGGGAUAAUCAAAGCAGCCUUAGCCACAGCCGCCGAACCCACAACUACGGUCAUCACGAAAGUGAUUGUGAAGAAGAUCACCGGAGAAACCACCUCGUCCAACCUUAUGGAAGCAAGCCAACCCCCUCAAAAGUUGCUACAGCUUGGGUUCGCUAGCAUUUUACUAGAUCCCAGAACUGGAUCAGAGAAACCCCCGAUCACUGUUCAAGCAAAAUUAAUAAGUGAGGAUGAGGUGGAAGAAAUUUACGAGGCUAGUUUGGAAGUUCGCUCAGAUUUUGGAGAGAUUGGGGCCGUAAUUGUUGAGCACCACAAUGAAAAGGAGAUGUUCAUCAAAGAGGUUCAUCUCAACGGCCUUACUUCUGGUCCACUCAACAUCAGUUGCAAUUCAUGGGUUCAACCCAAGACUUUGGUUCCCACCCAGAAGAGAGUCUUCUUCACUAACAAGUCAUACUUGCCAUCGCAAACACCUGCUGGUCUUAAAUCCAUGAGAGAAACAGAGUUGAUGAAUUUGCGAGGGAAUGGUACUGGAGAGCGUCAGAGUUAUGAUAGAAUAUAUGAUUAUGAUGUAUACAAUGACCUAGGAGAUCCUGACAAGAGUGAAGAUCUCAAAAGAUCUAUUCUCGGUGGCCCUGAUAAUAGUCCUUAUCCUAGACGUUGUAGAACCGGUCGUCCAGCUACUAAGACAGAUCCAAAUUCAGAGCAAAGGGCAACAGAAAGCAUAUACGUUCCUCGAGAUGAGGCAUUCUCUGAUAUAAAGAGCAAGGCGUUCAAUGCAAAUCAGUUAUCAGCUGCGUUACAGACCCUUAUACCUAGACUCCAAGUACAUUUUGACCCAAACGCAGGAUUCCCCAACUUCAAGGCAAUUGAUGCACUUUUUGAUGUUGAUGGUUUCAACUUGUCCCCUCCUGACUCCAGUAUAUCGUCUUUCAAAGAUCUUUUACCUUGGAUUUUCAAACUCAUCUAUGAGACUGGAGAAUUUCUCUUCCGCUUUAAGCCUCCUGUACCUAUGGAUAGGGACAAGUUUUUUUGGUUGAGAGAUGAAGAAUUCGCGAGGCAAACUCUUGCUGGUCCUAACCCAUGCAGCAUUCAAUUAGUUAAGGAGUGGCCAUUAAGUAGCCAACUUGAUCCUAAAGUCUAUGGUCCUCCCGAGUCUGCAUUCAACACCCAAAUGAUUGAUCAAGAAAUCGGAUCCAUGACCGUUCAUGAGGCAAUACAAAAGAAAAAGCUAUAUAUGUUGGAUUACCACGACAUGUUGUUGCCAUAUGUGCAAAAAGUAAGAGCCCUUAAGGGAACAACCCUGUAUGGAUCAAGAACAUUAUUCUUUUUAAAUGAGGAUGAAACACUCAGGCCACUAGCUAUUGAGCUGACACGACCGCCUAUGAAUGGAAAGCCUCAAUGGAAAAGAGUUUAUGGACCCAGCGAGAAGGCUACUAGCCUCUGGCUUUGGAGGUUUGCUAAAGCUCAUGUUCUUGCCCAUGACGCUGGUUAUCAUCAACUUGUCAGCCAUUGGUUGAGAACUCAUUGUGCUGUGGAGCCGUAUGUUAUAGCCACAAAUAGACAAUUGAGUGCAAUGCACCCUAUCUAUAGACUCCUACAUCCUCAUUUUAGAUACACUAUGGAGAUCAAUGCAUCUGCUCGCACCAAUCUUAUCAAUGGGGGUGGAACAAUCGAGUCCACAUUCUCACCUCUUAAAUAUUCUAUGGAGUUGAGUUCUACCGCAUAUGAUCUUCAAUGGCAGUUUGACUUGCAAGCCUUACCAGCUGACCUAAUUCACAGGGGAUUAGCUGAGGAGGAUCCAACUGCUUCACAUGGUCUAAAACUGCACAUAAAAGAUUAUCCUUUUGCUAAUGAUGGAUUGAUCUUGUGGGAUGCUCUAAAACAAUGGGUGACAGAGUAUGUGAAUCAUUACUAUCCAGACCCAUACCUUGUAACAACUGACACAGAGCUACAAGCAUGGUGGACUGAGAUUAGAACGGUAGGACAUGCUGACAAACAAGAAAAGCCAUGGUGGCCACUCCUCAACACGCCUCAAGAUCUAAUAGACAUAGUGACAAACAUCGCUUGGGUAGCAUCAGCACACCAUGCAGCUGUGAACUUUGGGCAAUAUGCAUACUCAGGGUAUUUUCCAAAUAGGCCAAGUAUAACAAGAACCAACAUGCCCACAGAAGACAAUAACCCCGCACUUUGGAAAAGCUUCUUAGAAAAGCCAGAGGAGUUGCUUCUAGAUUCUUUCCCUUCGCAAUUUCAAGCAACACAGGUAAUGUUGGUGAUGAAUAUGCUAUCAAGUCAUUCUCCUGAUGAAGAGUAUAUUGGAAAGGAUAUGGAGCCAUCGUGGGGCGAUAAUCCAACAAUAAAAGCAGCAUUUGAGAGGUUUAGUACAAGUAUAAAAAACAUGGAGCUAAUAAUUGAUCAUAGGAAUUCUGAUUCAAACUUGAAGAAUAGAACUGGAGCUGGGGUUACUCCCUAUGAACUUUUAAAGCCAUUUUCAGAGUCCGGGGUGACAGGAAAGGGAGUUCCAUACAGUAUUUCUAUUUAAAUAAUGACAAAGGCCAGAUGA